AUGCCCCCGACCAUUCCACCGGAUUCGGCAAUGUGUUCGUUGUGUCCAAGACCGAAAAAGCCACAGAAAAAAUUAGUGCGUUUUGAUUCUGUUGUUGAUACGUUCUCUAUCUCUGAUUCUAGUGGACCGAGAAGGAGUAAGCAAUUCAAUAAAUUGUUCAAUAAAUUGAAGAGAUUUGAUUACUGA